CCCUGGGGCUGCCCCCGUGGGGAGGCUGCGGGGCUGGGUCAGGUCCUGCCGGGCUGCAGGGGGACGGCGCCUCACCCCUGGGGAGAUCCUCCUCACCCAACCCAGGGGCUGAUGCGUCCCCUUUCCCUUCUCUGGCGCCAUACUCCUGCAGCCCGGGAUCCUUUCCCCACCACUGGGAAUGAGGGUCUUUCCUGCCUGUUGGCUCCCAGCCUUACUCCCAACAGGAGAGGUUUCUCACUGGUGCUGGGCAGCUGAGCAGCGUGCUGCCCACCAUGGCUGGCUGGUUUAGGCGGCUCCUGCACAGGCCCAAGCGCAGCUCAGCGGAGAGGAGCAGUGCUGCUUCAUCCUCGCCUUCCUCAUCCUCUGCUGAGAGCUCUGGCUCCUCUCCCAGCACAAGCCUAGUGAGAUCCAUCCAUCUGUCUUCUGUCUUGGCACCGGACAUCAGUGCCUCCAGUAGCGCCCGCUGGGCCAAGAGCUACGAUAUCUGCAUCUGCCACAGCGAGGUGGACCUGGAGCUGGUGGAGGAGCUGGUGUCCUACCUGGAGGGGCAGCCUGAAGGCUUCCGCUGCUUCCUCCAGCUGCGGGAUGCCACACCAGGGAGUGCAAUGAUGACAGAGCUGUGUGAUGCCGUGCAGAACAGCCACUGCUGGGUCAUGCUCAUCACCCCCGGCUUCCUCCAGGACCCUUGGUGCAAGUACCAGAUGCACCAGGCAUUGGCUGAAGCUCCCAUGGCCAACGGGCGCACCAUCCCAGUGCUGAAGGGUGUGGAUCGGAAGGAUUAUCCCAGGGAGCUGCGGAACCUCUACUACAUCUCCAUGGUGCUGAAGGAGAACAGCUUCAGGCAAAUCAGGGACACUGUUGUGCGCUACCUCCAGGAGCUGUGCCGGAGCUCCCCGAGCAGCACGGAGUAGCUCCAGGAGCAGGCUGAGGUGUCCCCGCUGGCGUUGUGGUGCUGCCCCACCAGGUCAGGAUGCGGCCACGUCCCAACGGACCUUGGAGGUGACACUGAGCUGCUCGGACCAGGAGACGAGGAGACCCCCACAGCGGUGUGGAGCCUGCCACGUCCCCGUGAUGGCACCACCAGCCCCUGGGUGGGGAUGGGGACAGGUCCCUGCUGCUUCUCACACAAACACUAAGCUCCAACCUCGUCUGGGUCCAGGGGACUUCAA